GGAAAUAAAACGAGUUGAGUGUAAUAUGCCUGUGCAGUGUGUGUGCUGUGGAGGUGCUGCACCUCGGCUAAAUUUGACCGGGGAUAGACGGUCAAAUGCCGCCAACCCCGAGCCAGAUCAAGGAGCAGCUGCUCAAGGCAACAGACCAAGAUGCCAAAGUUACUAACAUGGUUAGUGUGUUGGCAGCAAUUUCAUGUCUUGAGAACACCCAGAUUACCAAAGAAGCUCUUGAGGAAACCCGUCUCGGUAAGAUCGUCAAUGAUAUUCGCAAGAACACGUUGGACAGUUCACUUUCCACCCGAUGCAAGAAGUUGGUACGUAUCUGGAGUAAGCAGUUUGUGCGUGGACCAGCCCCUUCAGGAACACCCAGUAGCACCAAGCAGCCUAGCAGCACUUCUCAAGAUGACACAACGAGCCGGCAACCCACUCCACCUACCCAAGGUGUUACCUCAAAAACACCCUCAGGGGGUAAACGAACUCCUAAGCUCAAAGCCAACACAUCCACCACCCCGUCAUCAACGUCUACAGUGGACAAAAAAAAAUCAGAAAACCACAAGCGGAGGAAGGUUGAAAGAAGUUCCCCGGGAGCUCUAUCGUCUACAGGGUCAACACCGAGUAUCCCUAAGAAACCACGACCGGCAGUUAAUACUACACCCACCUCGAAUGCAACCAAAGAUAACCAACAAGAUCUGGACAAAAAAAAUGGUAUGCCAGUUGAAAAGGAUGCAAGUAAAACCAAUCUUCAAAGUUCUAAAUCAGCUUUUGCCAAGGUGAAACCGUCAGAUUCAAAAUUGUCAUCGUCAAGAACUAGUUCUCCGGCUUUGAAAGCCAAGGGAGCAUCAUCACCGGGUCUUAGUAAAUUGAACGCAAAGACUAGCAAGGUGCUUUCAAAGUCUCCUUUAACUAAGCCAGUGUUAAGUGCAGUUAAUAGUAGUAGUAGUAGCAAAGGUUCUCCAUUUGUUGUUGCAGCUUCUAAAGCAAGUAGGUCAUCUCCGUCAGUGAAGGCAAAACAAUCAACUGAUUCUAAUUGUGUAGAUUCCAGUCAUGAGGAGACGGAUGAAACUAGAAAAGACAAUGAGGCGUCAAAGAGUGACUCGGCAUUAAGUCGACUACAAAACAAAUCUCCAAAACAAAGUGUACAUAAAAAUCUUUCAGAUUCUAAUUCUAGUUCGGCGACGGUGAAGUUACGGUCGCCCUCACCGAGCAUAUCACAACAACAAACAAGUUUUACAAUAGCCAGUUCAUCAGUUGAGUACGACACUUUACGAGCGGGAUCUCAGUCCAGUGAAUUAGAUCCUUUUAUACCAGAAUCAUCGAAGACUUCCUUCUCGAUGUUUGAUGAUGAUUUUGAUGAAGAAGGCGAUAAUCACAGCGAUGAGAAAUAUAGCCAAAUGUUAUCCCAAAUUGACACGGAGAAGGUUCUAUUGAGUUUAGCACCAUCUGUUGAAAGUGAGCCGACGACACCUGGAGGGAAUCUUCCCAUUGAAAUGACUGAUGAGACUGAUGGUGGAGUAGAUGAGGGGGAAGUUUGUGAGGAGCAAGAGGAGGAGGAGGAGGAGGUACUACCGUCCAAACCAGUUACAGUGGAAGACAUCCAAAGAAUCCAUCAAGCAGAAUGGGAUGGAGUCAAUGGUUGCUAUAACAACAAAAGGGAAUGGUUUGAUUGGACGCAGUCCUUAUCUAAUGCUACCAUAGAUGACGAGGCCUUGCAUAUUUUACCAUAUAUUUGCCUAGAUUAGUGUUGGACAAGUGAGAGGUUUCCAUUCCAAUUUGUCUACAAGUGCCACUCUUUCAAUAAGUUCCACAAAAAGAAUUGAUUUUGGGGUGUUUGAAUUUCAUGAAGAAACAUCUCAAUUCUGUCUGAUUAAUGUUUAUAACAUGGACAGAUUAAGACGUUAUGUGUUAAUACAGGAUAUCUUUUACACAAGGUUUGUUAACUCGUACCCAACCAACUAGCAAUGUGCAAAUAUAAGAUGGUUUAAGGCUGGAAAAUUGAUAUUAGCUCUGUGAGAAAUUAGAAGUUGACGACGGAACUAGUUUUUUAACUGCUCUAGUUCAGGCGUUAUUUUUCUGGUAAACAUCGUACAAGUUGAAAUUGUUCUACUCUUGCGACUGUUAACGACGACUGUGUCAGAUUGUCUUAAAAUCAUCACAGUUACGAUCAGGUCAUAAAUAAUCGCCAACUGAAAAUGGUCUGAGCUCAGGCGCAGUGUGAUCCUGAAAGUCAUUCGCCAACUGUUUUUUGUUGACGCUAGGUGGAACUGACGUCGGCUUUUAGGGUUUUGAUUAGUAUGAAUGGAUGGUCUCAUCCAAAGAUGUACAACAGGACUCAAAACUUUAUCUGCAGGACCAAAAUCAAAAUAAGAAAAAACUGUUUUCCACAGUUUAACUUAUAAACUGUUUUUAUCGGAACAUGUCUAAAUCUGUUUUGAGCAGUGUUUUUUUCCUGAAAGCGUUUUGAUCAGUCGCUCUAAUCAAAAUGUUUAGUUGUCAACCAUUGGUUCUUUUCAGAGCCAAUACUACUUUAAAGUGAUUCACACAUAGUGCUACCACUAACCUCACGUUGUUAGCCUUCAGCACAGUUCUAAGAACAUCAGUGUCUGCUAUGUACAUUCAGCGAUUUCCCUAAACAGUGGUCUGCUGGCCAAAUGCCAGUUAAAAACACACGAUGAUCAGUCAAAAUGCACUCCAAGUGGUCCUCUUGGCUAGUACAGUGUUGAAAAGCAUCCAUAUUUUAUAGUAUACAAAUAUUGACUGCUUUGAGUGCUAUGGUUUUAAACUACCCUCCUGAGAUGAUCCCCGGAAUCGGCAGAAAAUGGAACGGUCCGGGGAUCACCGAGGGAGUCGUAGUUUUAACCAUAGCACAACUUAAAGCAGGCAGUGU